CAACCUUUUCCCUCCUCGCCGUCCUUUCCUUCAUCUUCCUAAUUUCCUACAACCGUACGAGGCGAAGAUACCAUGUCUAGGGCUCAAUUCUUGAGAGAGUACAAGCUCGUGGUCGUCGGUGGUGGUGGUGUCGGCAAAUCGUGUCUCACCAUUCAGUUCAUUCAGAGUCACUUCGUCGAGGAAUACGACCCGACCAUUGAAGACUCAUACCGCAAGCAGUGCGUCAUCGACGACGAGGUUGCGCUGCUUGAUGUCUUGGAUACGGCCGGUCAAGAAGAAUACGGUGCGAUGCGAGAGCAAUACAUGCGGACCGGCGAAGGCUUCUUGCUCGUAUACUCGAUCACGUCGCGAAACUCGUUCGAAGAAAUCAGCACAUUCUACCACCAGAUCUUGCGCGUGAAAGAUCAGGAUACGUUCCCGGUCAUCAUUGUUGCAAACAAGUGCGAUCUGGAGUACGAACGGCAGGUGGGAAUGAACGAGGGCCGUGAUCUUGCCAAACAUUUUGGGUGCAAGUUCAUCGAGACGUCGGCGAAGCAGCGUAUCAACGUCGAUGAGGCAUUCACGAACCUCGUCCGCGAGAUUAGAAAGUACAACAAGGAACAACAAACCGGUCGUCCAGGUCAACAGAGCGGUCUCCCGGGCGCACCAGGGUCCUUCAAUAACCCGAACGCAACCGACGAUGGCGCUGGUGGCUGCUGUGGUGGCUGCGUCGUGGCUUAAGCGGCUGAACGCCAACCGAUCCGAACGCUGUCGCGAUCGUUGUCGCAUGCCUUCUCUCUUCCGGCCCCCUCAUCCAUCAUGAUCUAUUUCUUGCUCGUUUGCUUUCUUGUCUCUUAUGGUUUUUCUCUCCCCUAGUAUUUUAUUCGCUGGCUCUGGUCUCCCUGUCGACUCUCUUGUGGUCGUGUCAUUCGUUGCCUUCCCAGGAUCGGAUAAUCUGGAAUAGAAACCAAAGGUUAUGUCGCACUCUAGGCUGCAUGUUCGUUACCUCCCUAGCGACCUUUCCUUGGUAGUCGAUGGUCAUCGGUAACUCCAAUGCAUAAUGCGCGUUGCGCGUCCUUGCAUCAUCGAAUGACG